AUGGAUGAUUUGCACAGCUCAAACGAAGAAACGCGUCUCCAAGCAAUAGACCAACUUUACGAACGUAUUCUUGCUCAAUAUGCUGAUGCUUCAUCUGAUGUGGUUACAAGUACUGCUGAACAAUUACAAGAUUUUAUUCGAAAGAAAAUUAGUGAUCCUUAUAAUGUUAACGAAAAUCGUGCAGCUCUUCUUGUUAUUCUUUGUUUUAUUUGUGUUGGACAAAAUUUCUACACUGAAUUAAGUAAUAAAUUAGAACCAACAUUACGCGGUUAUAAACAAAUGUCAGUUGAUGCUAACUUAUGUGAAUUAGUAAUCAAAUUAACAUGUAUCCUUGUCAAAGGUUGCGGUCGAAUGAGUAUUGAUCAAUUUUCACAUGAUGUUCCUAAAGCAAUUGAACGUAUAUCACGUGAUCAACAACAUGAAACAAGACGUUAUAGUGGUAUAACUAUUUUAAGAGAAAUUGCUCUUGUUGCUCCAUCACAUUAUUAUCAUUUAAUAACACCUGUUGAACAAUUUUUUGAACACCUUUUCGUUACCAUCACAGAUCCAAAAAAAUAUAUUCGUGAAGCAUUUGCUGAAACCAUGCAUGCAACACUUAUUGUUCUAAUUGACCGAGAACAACAAAAUAAUAAUAAUACUGAUAUAACAACAGGAGAAUAUUUAAUGAGUAGUAAUAUAAGUCAUGCUAUUAAUGCUGAAUGCAAUACAUUUAUUAAUGCAUAUAAUAUGGUUUAUACAGAAGCAAUGAAAUAUUUAACAGUUGAUACAACAAGUGAACAAAGAGAAGAUCAAAUUCAUGGAGGACUUCUAUUGCUUAACGAAUUAUUACGGGUGUCGGAUGUAAAAUUUGAAAAUAUUUAUCAAGAUUUAAUUCAUCCAUAUAAUAUACCGAAACCAAAACGAGUUUCAUAUAAAAACAUACAUCGUGUUCGUGUUGCUUUAACAUUUGAACGUCCUGUUCCAUUAUCUCCGAUGGCUUUAAUUGAUAAUUCUGAAAAAUUUCAAAUUCCAAUUCAAUCAUCUAUUAUUUGCUCAAUUGUGCUCGAAAAUUUUCUUCAUAUCUGUAAACAAGUAUUUCAAUAUUGUCAACAUCCUAAGUCUAUGAUAACUAAGGUAUUAAUUCACAUUUUACCUCGUUUAGCAUCACUAAACUAUAAAUUAUUCUCGCAUCAUUCAUAUGUUGAUGCAACAAUGAAUUUUAUAUUUGAACGUAUUGAAUCUCGUGAAUUAAAAGAACGUCAAUUAGCAUUUCAUGCAUUAGGUUUAAUGAUUUUAAUUGAUAAAACAAACCGAAUAAAUGAUAUAUCAUUAACAAACUAUAUGACAAAAAUAUUAGAUUGUUUAAAACAAACAUUUAUUUCAAUAUCUUCAACACAUUCACAUUAUCAGAAUAGUUUAUUAUCAUGUCCAUAUGCAUCACCUGAUUCAAGUGUGUUUGCAUGCAUAACAAUGAUUGGUGAAACUGGACCAGAUACAUCAACAUGUUUAGAUAGUUUAUUAGAAUAUUUUUUACAUUGUGGUUUAAAUCAUUCAUUAUUAGAUUGUUUAAAUAAAUUAUGUUCCAUGCCAUUAAUACAUACCGAUACAAAACGUAAAAUUCAUCAAGGUUUAUUAGAAAAUUUAUGUUCGAUUUUAUGUAAUACAUUAUCAUAUAAUGGAAAUUUAACCAAUGAACAAAAUGAUAUUAUUAUAAUUGCAUUACAAACAUUAAGAAUAUUUGACUUUGAAAUACAAGCUAUUGAACCACUUUUUAUUCAAAUAUUAAAUACAUAUUUUAUUCAACAUAAUAUUGUACGUAUAAGAAUUGAAUCAAUUAUAACAAUAACACAUUUAUUGCGAAAAUUAUUAUUAUCGACAUCACACACAAUACUAUCAUCAAAUGUAGCAUUAUCAUUGACAGGAGUUAAUAAAUUACGAAUUAAAAUUGGUCAUAUAAUACAAAGAAUAUUAACUAUUGGUGUAACUGAUUUAGAUUCUGAUGUACGUUAUAAUGUAUUUUUAACAUUACAAGAUGAUUUUAAAGAAUUUUUAGUCAAAUCAGAAGCAUUGGAAUUAUUAUUUUUUUCUGUACAUGAUGAAUGUCAUGAAAUAAGAGAAUUAGCAUUGGGUCUUAUUGGACGUUUAUCAAAUAUAAAUCCAGCUUAUGUUUUACCGCCAUUAAGACAUUUAUUAUUACAAUUAUUUACAGAAUUAGAAUUUGGUUGUUCAUUAAAUGGAAAAGAACAAGCAUCAAGAUUAUUAGGACAAUUAAUUGCAAAUACACCAAGAAUUGCUAAGCAAUAUAUGCAAUCAAUUAUACAAGUUCUAUUACCAUUAAUAAAACAACAUGAACAACAUGCCAAUGUUCUCAUUGCCUUAGUACGAACAGUUGGUGAACAAGUUCAAGUUUGUGGUAUUGAUCGAGAUCAAUGCAUAUAUGAUCUAUUUCCUAUUCUAAUAAAUAUGAUGCAAGAUACAUUAAAUUAUCGUAAACGUGAAGUUGCACUAUGGACAGUUGGUCAAAUUAUUGAAAAUUAUUGUUAUGUUAUUGAACCAUUAGAAAAAUAUCCUAUUUUACUUGAUGUUCUUUUACAAUUUUUAAAAUCUCCUGAAGAAAUGCCAUUUCGUCGUGAAACAAUACGUGUUCUUGGAUUUCUUGGUGCUAUUGAUCCAUAUCGUGUUCGUUCAAAAAAUGAUCCAUUAUAUUCAUUAUCAUUUGAUUUAAAUAAUAUAACAUCAAUACAUCGUAUUCGUUCACAACAAGAUCCAAUUGAAAUAUCUUCAAAUGAACUUUUAAUUGCAUCUGGUACUCAGCCAUUACAUGAUUUUUAUACUUCAGUAGCAAUCUAUGCUUGCCUUCGUGUAUUAAAAGAUGCUAAUAGUCCACAGUUACAUUUAAAAGCUGUACAAGGUAUAGCACUUAUACUUCGAUGGCUUGGAAAUUCAUGUACACCGUAUGUGUCACUUAUAUUACCAUAUUUAUUAUCUGAUAUACGUAGUACAGAUGAGAGAAAUUUAAUACCAUAUUUUCAUCAAAUCAAUCUAAUAAUAAUAUCAAUAAAAGGUUUAAUAAUUCAAUAUGUUAAUGAUGUUAUAGAAUUGAUUGGUGAUUAUUGGGAUGCCUAUACAGACUUACAAAUCUUACUUAUACAAACAAUUGAAUCAUUAUCUAUUGCAUUAGACAAUAUGUUUCAUAAUUAUAUACAUUUAUUAUUACCAUUUAUCAUGAAAAUAUUUCAUAGUUAUAGAAAUCUAUUAAGUUUAAAUAGUUUAACAAUAAAUAGAAAUCAAGAUCAACAAUUAAUAUUAUCAAAAAUAUUUUCAACAUUAAUUAAAUUUGGUAAAACAUUAAAACCACAUUUUAAUGUUAUUUUGUCAUCAAUAUUAGAUAUAGCAUCAACAAAUGCAUGUCCAUUAAUAUUAAGAGAAGAAGCAUUAGAUACAAUUGAACAAUUAGCUGAUAAAGUUAUUUUAAGUGAUUAUAUAUCAAGUAUAUUACAAAUUUUAUUAAGAAUUAUGCAUACAACACCACAAUUACAAAUAAAAUGUUUAGAUAUAAUAUUAAUUAUAGCACAACAAAUGGGUAAACGUUUUCUUAUAUUUAGUUCACUUGUAUCAAAAAUAAUCGAUGAUAUGAAAUUACAACAUUCUGCAUAUGAAUUAUAUAUAUUGAAAUUAAAAGAUCCAUCAUUUGUUAAUGUAAAAACAGAAACAAUUUUUAAUUCAAAUUUAAAUUUAAAUCAAACAUUAAAUGAACCAACACGAAAACGUAAUGAUAAAGUUUUUUAUACAAUGCGUACUGAACAAUUAAGACAACAUUGGUCACAAACUAUGAAAGGAGAUCCAAAAGAUUUAUCAAUAUGGUUAAAUAAAUUUCAACAACUUGUUUUAGAACAAUCACUUGCUUAUCCAUUACGUGCGAUGGGUACUUGUUUAAUACAAAUAUUACCAUCAAUUCCACGUGAUUUAUUUAAUGUAUCAUUUAUGUCAUGCUGGAGUGAAUUAAAUUCUCAUGAUAGACAAAGUUUAACAAAUGUAUUAACCUAUGUUUUAUCUGUAUGUGAUAAACCAGAUAUUAUACAAACAAUAUUAAAUUUAGUUGAAUUUCAUAAUCAUUGUGAUUUAAAAUUAAAAUUAGAACGACAACAAAAAACAAAUGGAUGCAAUGAAAAUUUAAAUAAAAAUGAUACAAAUGAUCAUAUUCACAAUAAUAAGGACAAAGUGAAAAUGAAAGAUACGAAUUGUGAUAAUAGCAAUAAUAAUGAUAAUGAUGAUAAUAUUGAACGAUCAUUAAUUAAUAUACAUUUAUUAAGCGAAAAAGCAAUUAGUGUGAGAGCUUAUGCUAAAGCCUUGAGAUAUAAAGAAGAAGAAUUUCAAAGACAACAUGAUUCAGCAUCGAUAACUCAAACAUCUAUCACAUCCGAUAUAAUUGAAUCAUUAAUCAGUAUUAAUCAUGAAUUGCAACAAUCUGAAGCUGCUUAUGGUGCAUUACAAUAUGCUAAACAUCAUAAUAUUAAAGUUAAAAGUUUUUGGUAUGAAAAAUUAAAUCAAUGGGAACGAGCAUUAAAGAAUUAUGAUUUUCCUACAAUAAAUGAUCUAUCUAAUAUAGAUAUACAUUUAGGACGUAUGAGAUGCAUGCAAGCACUUGGUUCAUGGAAUGAAUUAAGAGAUUUAGCAUCUCAAAUAUGGCAAUUAACCGAACAAAUUAGUAAUGAAGAACAGUUAUCGAUGUUACCAUUUACAUCAAGUUUAGUUGAUAUGUAUUCUUCAUCAACAUCAUUUAAUUUUAAUCAAGAUAUUAUUAAUGGUCUUGAAUUAAAAAAGAAUCUUCAACAAAAAAUUGCACCUAUGGCAACACGUGCAGCAUGGAGUCUUGGUGAUAUGGUUGACAUGGAAAAAUAUUAUAUUCAUAUACCAAAUACAAAAUUUGAAGGAGCUUAUUAUCGUGCUGUUGAUGCUAUUAGAAAAGAUAAUUAUAGACAAACACAAGAUUCAAUUGAUUUAGCAAGAGAAUUAUUAGAUGGUGAAUUAACAAUAUUAGCUAAUGAAAGUGAUAAUAGAGCUUAUUCAGGUAAUUAA